AUGGAAGCUCCAAGGCAAGGGAAGGUGCAGGAGUUCCUACAAGAUCAAGGAUGUGUUUGGGUUUUCAACCCACCUCAUUCAUCGCAUAUGGGAGGAGUGUGGGAACGCAUGAUCGGCGUGGUACGACGCAUAUUAGACUCCAUGCUAUUGCAGUCUGGUCGUGUACGACUUACCCAUGAAGUGUUAACAACACUAAUGGCUGAGAUCAUCGCCAUAAUUAAUGCACGUCCCCUGGUACCUGUUUCAACUGAUCCUGAACAUCCUAAUGUCCUAACACCUUCCAUGCUGCUCACCCAAAAAAUAGGCACACCCUUUCUGUCUCAGAGUAACUUUGGUACAGGUGAGAUGUUGAGAAACCAAUGGAAGCGUGUCCAAUACCUUGCUGAGGAAUUCUGGAAUAGGUGGAGAACGGAGUACCUCAGCACUCUGCAGACCCGACAGAAAUGGCAAAAUAAAAGACCUGACAUCAAAGAAGGUGAUGUUGUCCUUCUGAAGGAAAAGCAAGUCAGGAGGAAUGAAUGGCCUAUGGGAAUAAUAAUGAAGACUGCUCCCAGCAAAGAUGGAUUAAUAAGGAAGGUUGAGAUAAAGAUGGUUCAGCAAGGAGUAACAAAAAUCCUUUACAGGCCCAUUUCAGAACUGGUUUUUCUUUUAUCACCAGAUUAA